GGCGGCGGCGGCGGCGGAGGGGCCCAGCAGCGGCGCGGACAGAGGUUGCAGAAUCAGCAUGUCUCUCCAAUAGUUAAAAAGACAGAAGCCGUCUCCGCCAGCCAGGAAACCAGCAAAGAUAUUUCACAAUGGAUGUAGACGAUGAAGAAAACAUGAGUUCGAGCAGCACCGACAUUAAAGAAAACCGCAAUGUGGACAACGUUCCCCCCAAGGACAGCGCCGGGCAGGGCCUUGGCGAGGGGACCCCGCUCUCCAACGGCGGCGGCAGCAGCAGCAGGAAGAGGCCUCUGGAGGAGGGCAACAAUGGCCACUCCAAAUUCCGCCCCAAGAAGAGGAAGAAAACGCCCGGCCCCGUUCUGCCAAAGAACGCCCUGAUGCAGCUUAACGAGAUCAAACCCGGUUUACAAUACAAACUGCUCUCGCAGACGGGGCCGGUGCACGCCCCCAUGUUUGUGAUGGCGGUGGAAGUCAACGGGCAGGUGUUCGAGGGGUCUGGCCCGACAAAAAAGAAAGCCAAGCUCCACGCUGCCGAAAAGGCGCUGCGCUCCUUCGUGCAGUUCCCCAACGCCUCGGAGGCCCACCUGGCCAUGGGCAGGACUCUGUCGGUCAACACGGACUUCACGUCCGACCAGGCCGAUUUCCCCGACACCCUCUUCAACGGCUUCGAGACGCCCGUCCCUUCCGACGCUCCCUUCUACCUGGGCUCCAACGGGGACGGCUCCUUCGGCUCGGGCGGCGACUACGGGCUGCCAUCGUGCGCCGUGGCCAGCAGCCUGUCCCAGUCCCCCCUGCCCCCGGCCUCCCCCUACCCCACGGCCAGCGGCAAGAACCCCGUCAUGAUCCUCAACGAGCUGCGCCCCGGGCUCAAGUACGAGUUCCUGUCGGAGAGCGGGGAGAGCCACGCCAAGAACUUUGUCAUGGCCGUGGCUGUGGACGGACAGACUUUCGAAGGGUCGGGAAGGAACAAAAAGCUGGCGAAAGCUCGGGCAGCUCAGUCAGCCCUGGCUUCCCUGUUCAACAUGCAGCUGGACCAGACUCCAUCUCGGCAGCCCAUUCCCAGCGAGGGGCUGCAGUUACACUUGCCACAGGUGUUAGCUGAUGCUGUUGCACGCUUGGUUGUAGAUAAAUUCAGUGAUUUGACAGAAAAUUUCUCAUCUCCACAUGCACGUCGAAAAGUCCUUGCUGGAAUUGUCAUGACAACAGGUACAGAUGUGAAAGAUGCCCUGGUAAUAAGUGUUUCUACAGGAACAAAAUGCAUCAAUGGUGAAUACAUGAGUGAUCGUGGUCUUGCAUUAAAUGAUUGCCAUGCAGAAAUCAUAGCUCGGCGGUGUCUGCUGAAAUUUCUGUACACACAACUUGAGCUUUACCUAAGCAAUAAAGAAGAUCAGCAAAAAUCCAUUUUCAUCAGGUCAGAGCAAGGCGGGUUUAAGCUGAAGGAGAAUGUGCAGUUCCACCUCUAUAUCAGCACAUCUCCUUGUGGUGAUGCUCGGAUUUUCUCACCCCAUGAGGCAGCACAAGAGGACCAAGGGGACAGACAUCCAAACCGCAAGGCCAGAGGGCAGCUCCGGACCAAAAUCGAGUCUGGGGAAGGAACCAUCCCUGUGCGCUCCACCACCACCAUCCAGACCUGGGAUGGGGUGCUGCAAGGGGAGAGGCUGCUCACCAUGUCCUGCAGUGACAAGAUAGCCAGGUGGAACGUAUUGGGUAUUCAAGGAGCCUUACUUAGCCUCUUUGUGGAGCCAAUUUACUUCUCUAGCAUCAUCUUGGGGAGUUUAUAUCAUGGGGAUCAUCUAUCCAGAGCCGUUUACCAGAGGAUAGCAGAGAUAGAAGAUCUACCACCUCUUUAUACACUCAACAGACCUUUACUUAGUGGUAUCAGCAACGCAGAGGCCCGCCAGCCAGGGAAAGCCCCCAACUUCAGUGUGAACUGGACAGUGGGAGACUCAGGCCUGGAGGUCAUUAAUGCCACCACGGGCAAGGACGAGAUGGGGCGCGCGUCGCGCCUCUGCAAGCACGCCUUCUACAGCCGCUGGAUGCGCAUCCACGCCAAGCUUUCCUCCAGCUUGCGCUCCAAGGUCCUCAAGCCCAACCUGUACCACGACACCAAGCAAGGAGCCACAGAGUACCAAACUGCUAAAGAGUGUUUGUUUAAAGCAUUCCUGAAGGCAGGACUGGGAGCCUGGGUGGAGAAGCCCAUAGAACAGGAUCAGUUUUCUCUCACAGUCUGAUUGACAAACUGCACAUCACUGGGGAAGGGGAGUUGUUCUGGAGAUUCCUGGUGUCCAGCGUUGCUUUCUGGCAUCUCCACAGCCGUCAAAACAUCCCUCUGCUCUUUGGAGUUGGGUUUCUUUGGGUUUUCUUCGAAACUUCACAGUAGCUGUUUCUGUUUUGCCUAAGUAUUGAAACUCAAUGAUGAUGCAACACAUAAUUGUAUAUUUUGUUAUAGGAAAGUAAUUUCUGGUGUAUUUCUAGAAAUACUUUUACUGUAGAAAACUUGCAGUAAGGCUGUCCUUACUGUAUACAAUGACUCAUUUUUUCUGGGUUAAAAUAAUUUCUUUUUUAAUUCAAUGUCAUCAAGUGCAUGAAGAAAUUAAUAGUUUCUCUAGGUUUUACACCACACUUUUAGGAAGUAGCUUAAUUUUUAAAAAAGAAGAUAGGUGACAAAGCUGAUUCUACUCCUCUGUUAACUUGUUUUUCAACUGCAGAUAUUUUUAGUACAUAGACCACAGAGGCGGAAUGGAGUCUGGACAGCUAGUUUUUUUUCCCAAUUCCUUGCUCUUUAAAACCAGCUGCUGAAAAUUUCAUGUCUUUGAUGUAUGUAUUUAUUAGUCUGUGAGCCAGUUUUUAACAUGCAGCUUUUUAUUCUGUUUUUAAAAAUACAUUUACCUCCCAUUUAUACCCAUUGUGAAGUCUUCAUUUUUUUUACCAUUGUAAACUGGAAACAUCAAAAUAAUUAUUUGUAAAUUAAAAAGUUUAGUCUAUCACAUGCAGAAGCCUGUUUAGAAGUAGAUGAUUUGUGUCUCCCAGGAACUCAUCUGAAUACAAUCUUAACUGUAACAGCAAUGUAACAGCUUUAAAGAAAUCUGCUCAUUUUAAGGGCACCAAGCCUGAGUUGCCAAAACCAGUGACUACUUGUUGGGUAUUAAUUGCUCUCCUCUAGAAACUCUUGUAACAGAGAAACCAAUUCUUAAAACUUAUUUCCUGUGAGUUAUAUCUGCUUUCAGCCAAAUUGUUGUGUCUGAGAUUCCCUUUUGCCUUUGGGCUUUACAUGUGUGAUGGGCAUCAUGAAGCUAAUUAGGUAAGUUGCCCUCAAACGUGUGUCCAUCUGUUCUGACUGUUCCUUUAACAAGUGUUUUUCCUGGAGGUGUGGACACUUGGGCUUUAUGUAAAAAUGUAAGAUGGAAGUGAGAUACUGAGGUUUGAUGAACUGCUGUGUAGAAGGAGCACCUCAGCCCCAGCACCCCUGGGGUCAGCAAGUCCUUGGGGUGCUGAAGACUUUGGCCAGAAGUGGGUUUACACCAAUCAUGAAUCCUAAGGCAUUUCUGCUUGAGUAGGAGCCUGUUCUCAGCUUUCAGGACCUGAAAAUCACUUGUGCAUGAGUUGGAGUCUCUGGGUUCAUGUCCUGGGAGGAAGACACUGAGGUGCAGACAGUGCAUUGGGGUGGUGCUGUGGAAAAGCAAGCAUUCCUCUGGGAAGACAAGAGAGGCUGUGACCCAGGGCUCCCUCAGGGAAUUGGUGCUUCUGGAGGUUAUUGCCUUUUCCAGAUGCUGGGGGAGGAUGCUGCAAUAGAAGGGCUGGAUUAAUUCACCUUUGUGAUGGCUUCAGUCACCUCAUUGAGCUUCUCAUUAAAGCUGAGAGCACUCCUGUGGCCUCUGCAGGCCAGCAAGGCCCUUGGAGACAUCAUCCAACCCAGGUGCAGACUGACCUCUUCCAAAACAAAGGAAUUCAGUUACAUGUGGUCAGAUUCUGCAAGCUCUGGGACACCCAUCUUGGGAUUGACCUUGUCUUGGUCACCCUGCAGAAGUUCUGUUUGGGGCUGUAACUGGGUGUGUGAACAUGUUUCUUUUUCUGAGGAAAAGGUGGUCAAGCUGUGUGUGUUUCCUUGGAGUCAUUGCUGCUCUCAGGUGAAAUACACAUUUUUAAGGGACUCAUUCCGAAGUUGGCAUCUCUCUAAUUUUUUUCGAGGACUAGGAAAGUAGUAGCUCAAACUAAUUUUUUUAUUAAGUCAGAAAUAUGAACAAAAUAUUUAAAUAGUAUUAAAGACCUAGAUUUUUAGCUGUUGGAAUGAACUAUUAACAUUAAACUAUAAUGGAAAUAUAUUCCAUGCCAGAAUCUUUUGACAAAGGAGUUGUGCCAGGGUAUUUGUGAGGAAAAGUUCUCUUGUUGGUAAUUCUGGGAUUUUAAAAAGAAGCUGUCCAGGGUAGUCUGUCUUGUAGGAGUCAAUAAAAACUGCUUGGCUUCCUUCAA